AUGUUGAACGUUCCCGUAACGUGCUCAUUCCUGCUCGGCCCCGACAUGAAGGUCUUCCACAAGGCUAAUACUUUACCUGCUGGCUACCUGUUCCAUACAAAGGAAGAGGAGGAUGCAGAGGUCUGGGAUCUGGCUGAUCUGACUUUGCAAUGCGGCCGAAAGGGCGAUAGCGUCAAGCUUGCGUUGUCCUGGAUAUACUAUGGCGCCGCGGGCUUUGAGAAGCAGAUUGAUCAUGCUUUCGAAGUAGCCCAUCACCUUGCAACCAAAGUUGAAGAGGAUGGGAAUUUCCAACUCAUCUCGUCGAACCCGCCACCUUGCCUUCAGAUGGGCAAGAAUCGGAAAUCCAAGCGACAGCUCAUUCGCGACGAAAAGAAACUCAAGAGGAAGAACCAGGAGUUUGAGGAGGAAGAGACGUCCCAUGAUGCCAAGCGACAGCGGUUCGAAGCCCAACCCGAAGCAGCUGGAGAUUUCAUUCCUCUCGAUGAAGGUAAUGAUGUCAAUCGACCCUACGAUGAGCCCGAACGCGAAUUCUUCGGCAUGCUUGCCGAUGAAGAGCAGGAAUACUUUCGCCGGGCAGACGAGAUGCUCGAGCUCGACGACUUCCCGUCUGCCGAGGACCGAGACAUCUUCCUCGAAAACGUCUACAAGGAGGCAGAAGGAAAGGAGUUGAAGCUCGCCAGCAGCCAGUCAUGCUCGAGAUUGAUGGAGCGAUUGAUCAUGUUGUCAAAUACCAGGCAGAAAAAACAUCUAUUCGAGGCAUUCGCCAGCCACUUUGUUACCCUCGUCACACACCGAUUUGCCAGCCAUUGCUGCGAGAAACUGUUCCUGGUCUCUGCACCAGUUGUCACACGGGAGCUCGCUGGAAUUGAGGAGGAGCAAGACAAGGCUGAGGAGGUCGGCUCAGAGGAGAAGCCAACGUCAUCUAUGGAGGAAUUGUUCCUCUUGACAUUAGACGAGCUCGAACAGCAUCUUACAUAUUUGUUGUCAGACCGAUUUGCGUCUCACACCCUUCGAGUUUUGCUGCUCGUAUUGUCAGGCCGGCCGUUGGAGGGAGCCUCAACAAAAUCACUAUUGCAGAGUAAAAAGAAAGAACACAUAUCAGUGGCACGCCCGACCGCAAAUAGUGAGCUAGAUUCCCAGCUGCGUGCUGUGCCAGAAUCAUUCACCAUGGCAACACAAAAGAUCAUCGAAGACACCGCGGCUUCGAUGGACGCAACAGCACUCCGUGUGCUAGCGACACACCCGACAGGCAAUCCUGUCCUACAGCUGCUGCUUGAGCUGGAUAUAUCCCUAAAUGCAAAGGAUAAGAACAAGAAGGAUAGCCUACUUCUGUUCAAGCUCCUACCAGGUGCCCCUUCGUCAUUAAACGACGCUACUUCGUCAGCAACAGAUUUUAUCAAUCAGAUGCUAUAUGAUCCAAUUGGAUCUAGACUGAUAGAGAGCAUUAUUACACAUUCCCCCGCGCAGGUCUUCAAAGGCCUUCAUGCGAAUUUUUUUGGUCCGCGGAUAGACAGCUAUGUUCGCAAUGAUAUUGCAUCAUAUCCGGCGAUCAAAGCUCUAGUUCGGAUGGGAAAAGACGAUCUUGCGAACGCUGUCGAGAAAAUUCUUCCAGAGGUCACCAAAUUGGUGGAGAGAGGGCGCUACAAUGUGCUCAAGACGCUUCUUGAGCGAUGUAACGUACGACAUGCAACGAGCCAACUCAAUAGCCUGGUCAAGUUGAUUUGCUCUGCAGCUGGAACCGAUCCCAACUCAUUGGUGGCCAAGUUCUGCGGGCUUGAUGAAGAGGAGGUUGUCAGCAAGAAUGAGCCGCAACAAUUUGCCAAGAACAAGUUGGUCCUGAAAUCCCACGGGUGCCAGCUUGUCACGGCGAUGCUCAGCAUCCCAGGCCAGCCUUCGAGGGCUGUUCAGGCAUCACUGCUGUCUCUUGAUUCUGACCAGAUUCUGCGACUGGCAACAACUUCGUCGCCAACUGUCACCGUGCUCACGACAGCAUUCUCAGCCCCAUCACAGGUUCCUAAUUUCCACAAAGCACUUGUCUCAAAGCUCAUGCAACAUACCAUGGAGCUUGCCAAUUCCCAGUUCGGACACAAAGUCCUCAUUGCCAUCGUCUCUGUGCCGUCAAAGGGGCAAGGAUUGUCGAUCCCAUUCCACCUCAAGGAAGGUGUCAUCUCGGUGCUGGCAAGCCACGAGAGAGAGCUCAGAGAUUCGUGGACGGGCCGUAAUGUAUGGAGGACGUGGAAAGGCGAUCUAUGGAGCCAUCGCCGAAGCGAAUGGAUUAGAUGGAUCAAGGAGUUUGAUCCCGCCGAGACAAAAGACGGGCUGGCCUCGAAACCAAAGCCAUGGCAGACGGCUAGGGCUGGGGACAAGAGGAGAUAG